CGAUGAAUGCACACACAGCUCCACUUUCUCGCACAUGCCUGUGCACAGCCAACGAAGAUCAAACCCAACACACCUCCCAUAACGGAACAACGCAUUUAGGUCUGUCCUUCUCACUCACACAGGCUGGCACCCCUCCCCACUCUGAACAAAGGCCGAUCACCGACCGGUCGCACGCUAGCCGCCAUACAUACUCUGUUCUGCGUCGUAGCACACGCAUACAUCCUCUCUGCAUCACUCCAUACUCCCUCAUUAGCCAGCGCAACAUGUCCCUGCCCACCUCGGUCGACACGCUCGUCAUUGGCGCCGGCCCCACCGGCCUCGGCGCCGCAAAGCGUCUGAACCAGCUGAACCUCGGAUCCUGGGCCCUCAUCGACGCCGCCGAAGAGGCGGGCGGCCUCGCUUCCACCGACGUCACAACCGAGGGCUUCCUCUUCGACGUUGGCGGACACGUCAUCUUUUCCCACUACGCCUACUUUGACGACGUCAUCGCCGAGGCCCUGCCGCGCAAGGAGGACUGGUACGAGCACCAGCGCGUGAGUUACGUGCGCUCCAAGAACGUCUGGGUCCCCUACCCGUACCAGAACAACGUCAGCGUCCUCCCCAUUGAGGACCAGGUCAAGGCGAUCGAGGGCAUGAUCGACGCUGCCGAGCUCCGCGUCCGCGCCAAGGAGCCGCCGGCAAACUUUGACGAGUGGAUCCUGCGCAUGAUGGGCGAGGGCAUCGCCAACCUGUUCAUGCGUCCGUACAACUUCAAGGUCUGGGCCGUACCCACGACGCUGAUGCAGUGCAAGUGGCUUGGCGAGCGCGUAGCUGCGCCCUCGCUCAAGCUUGUCGUGUCCAACACGCUCAACAAGAAGGUUGCCGGAAACUGGGGGCCCAACGCUACCUUCAAGUUUCCAGCCGAGGGCGGCACCGGCGGCAUCUGGAAGGCCGUCGCCAAGACGCUGCCGCAGGACAAGCUGUUCUUCAAGCGCAACGUCGCCUCUGUCGACGGACCCGGGCAUAGCGUCACGCUCGCAGACGGCAGCGUCAUCAAGUACAAACACCUCAUCUCCACCAUGGGCCUCGACUUCCUCGUCGACAACCUGAAGAACGUUGACGAAAAGACGCACAAGGGCCUGAGCACCGCCGUCAAGGAGGGGCUCAUCUACUCGUCCACCCACGUCAUCGGCAUCGGCAUCCGCGGCACCCUUCCCCCGCGCAUUGGCGACAAGUGCUGGCUGUACUUCCCCGAGCCCGACUCACCCUUCUACCGCGCCACCGUCUUUUCCAACUACAGCCCCAAGAACUGUCCCGAAGCCAGCGUCAAGCUUGCUACGAUCCAGUACGCCGACCCGAGCAAGGGCAAGCCGUCCAGUGAUGCAAAGGAGGGCCCCUACUGGUCGCUCAUGAUGGAAGUUUCCGAAUCGCAUCUCAAGCCCGUGGACAUGCAGACAAUCCUUGCAGAGACGAUCCAGGGCUGCAUCAACGCUGACCUCAUCAAGCCAGAGGACGAGAUCGUCUCCACCUACCACCGCAAAUUCACCCCAGGCUACCCCACUCCGAGCUUGGGAAGGGAUGCGGCGCUCGAUGCCACGCUGCCCGUCCUCGCGGACAAGUUUGACAUUCUCAGCAGGGGUCGUUUUGGGUCUUGGAAGUACGAAGUUGGCAACCAAGACCACAGCUUCUUGCUCGGCGCUGAAGCCGCCAACCGCGCUCUGCUCGGAACCCCUGAGAUCACGCUGCUCAACCCUGACUGGGUCAACGGCCGCCGCAACACAGAGAUGCGCCUGAACAAGUAAGGUUACAUUAGGACAACCAGUCAAGCCUGCGAGUCCAUUCACUUCUGGCCGCUCUCGGAUGCUUUGUUAGAAGUAACGGAGUCUAGCAAUCUGCGAUUGCGCGCUUGGUACAUGCAUUUGUCUCUCCUUUUUGUUUACUUUCGCAUAAUACAAAAUAGAGCCUCAACGCGAACGAAACGCCUUCGAAGCCAAUGGUCCUGUUGUAAUACGCGCAAGAGAAGGAAAGCGGUAAAGAGGCAGGCUUUCUAUGACGGAGCACCACCUUUCCGAUUUGACAUGUAUGAUGCGAGCAGGCCCGAGCCACUGCAUGCGAAGCCAAGGGACAAUGCGCCAAAUGGGCCUAUUCAAGAUCCGACCACAGGAUGCUUGCAUGGUAAUGUGUGAUCAGCCCUCAUUGUGCACUACGGCUCGCGGGGAAGCCUGGCCAUGCAAGCCGCAGCAGCACCAGCGCGCAACAGCAGGCCUUUCGCCAGAGGCGA